AUGGAUAACCAAACCACAGUGCCUUAUUUUCUGCUCCUGGAAUUCUCAAAGAAUCGGCAUCUGCAGCUUUUAUAUUUUUUAUUGUUCUUUGUGUUAUAUUUGGCAACUGUUACAACAAAUCUUCUCAUCAUCUCUGCGGUAGCUUUUGACCAUCGACUGCACAGCCCCAUGUACUUCUUUCUCAUGAAUUUGGCUCUACAGGAUUUGGGCAUUGUUUCAGUAAUUAUCCCCAAAUCCAUGAUAAAUUCUCUCAUGGACACCAGACACAUCUCUUAUUUUGGUUGUGUUGCUCAAGUCUUUCUCUUUCUAUCCUUUGAAGCCUCUGAUGUAUCCCUCCUGACAGUCAUGGCAUAUGAUCGGUAUGUAGCCAUUUGUCACCCACUGCACUAUGAGAUGGUGAUGAAUUGGAAAGCCUGCACUGAAAUAAUCAUUCUAGUGUGGCUUGCAGGUCUUCUUAAUGGAAUGUUGCAGACCACUGGCACUUUUUCAGUCCCUUUUUGUUCUAAUGUGGUCAACCAAUUCUUCUGCGAUGUUCCACAAUUGCUAAAACUAUCCUGCUCUGGAUUCAGUCUAGUUGAGGUUGGAAUUCUUGGGGCCAGUUUCAUUGCUGGACUAGGUUGUUUUACUUUCAUUAUUGUAUCUUAUGCAGUGAUCUUCAAGGCUGUAUUGAGAAUUCCUUCUGAGCAAGGAAAGCAAAAAGCCUUAUCCACCUGUAUUCCCCACCUUAUAGUAGUGUCUAUGUUAGUAUUAAGUGGAUGCUUUGCCUAUGUGAGAUCUCCCUCUAACACUAAAUCUUACUUAGAUUUUGGGUUGACUGUUCUGUAUUCCCUCCUUCCACCCCUGCUUAAUCCAAUUAUAUAUAGCAUGAGAAAUAAUAAUAUCAAAUUUGUCCUUUCUCAACUGUGGAGAUUCUGA